CCGUGAUAUAGCUUCCGGAGCAGCAGCAACUUGGUAAUUGUCGGACGGGAUCCAAAGCUCAUCCAAGCUCACGAUGCCCGCCUACAACUCCGUCUUCAACGGCGACCCCUCGCCGCGCCUGGUCGGCAACUUCCCGCUGCUGCCGCUGCGUACCAAGACUCGCGGCCCGGCCUACACGCUCCCCUACCCGAACCCUCCCGUACCGCUCAACGACGCGCCCGAGCCCGACAGCGAGAGCUACGACAUCCUGGACGAGGUGCUGCUGCUCUUUCGCGCAAACACCUUCUUCCGCAACUUUGAGAUUCAGGGCCCUGCAGACAGGGUCUUGAUAUAUGGCAUCUUGUUUGUGAGCGAGUGCUUGACAAAGAUCAAGCCGACCGCCGGCGUGCGCGACGCGACCAAAGAUGUUCAGAACCUAGCGCUCGACAACAACUUUGCCAUCCCUGGCGACCCAGGAUUUCCGCUGAACCAGAUGUACGAAGCACCCCGCGACAGACAAGACGCUGAGUUGCUACGUCAAUACAUGGCGCAAUGCAGGCAGGAGUUGGCAAUUAGAUUAUUGGCACGAGUGUACGAGGAAGGUGGUGACGGAAAGCCGAGCAAGUGGUGGUUGAGCUUUACGAAGCGCAAGUUCAUGGGGAAAUCACUCUGAAUUGGGACUGGAGCCUCAAGCAAUGCGGUGUGCCUGUGAUCGCUGAGCGAUUCCUCCUAAUGAACAUUGACCGAAGACAAAAGUAUCCAGGAUUGGGAAUGAUGGUCUGAGCGCUGUAAAUAUUGCAAACAAUCAGCAUAAACGGAAUGCAUAAUUCCAGGUUGGCCCA